AUGGUGCUGCUGCUCAACGGCGCGGCCGCGCGCCGGGGCUCCGGGGACCGCGUGCGGCCUGGGCGCUCGCCGGAGGCGGUGGGCGAGAUCGGCAUGAUCUGCUCGUGCACGGAGCCGCAGGAGGACUUGCUGGCCACCGAGGUCUGUUGCGUCAAGGUUCUCCACCGCUCGCUGUUCCUCGACUGCUUGCGGAGGUGCAGCGACGUGAAGUGGCACUUCGAGGCCAUCGCAAGGCGGCAUAUGCAGGACAGUUCCACCGAGCAGGAUCCCGGCACAUCCAACAUAUACACCUUGCCAUUCUUCCGCGGGUGCGACAGCAGGUUCAUCUACAAGCUCGACUUACACUUGGACCGCCACGUGUUCUUCAGUGGCGAGGUCAUCGUGGAGGAAGAGACCGAGGGCGAGGACAUGUACAUACUCUACAGCGGCUGCAUGGAGGCACAUUCUCGUGGUCUGAAGGUCGGCACCCUCAAGGGCGGCCAAUGCUUUGGGGAGAUGGCGGUGCUCGGCCUGGUCCGGAAGCGCACCGCCACCGUGGUGGCGCGCUCCCUGUGCGACGUGCGAAUCCUCUCCAGGAGGCUGUUCGAGGACAUCAUGGCCGAGUUCCCGGAGGAGCGCGCACGCUUCAACUCCCUGGCGGCGACUCGACACAACGUGUCCCAGGAGAAGUGCAUCGGCGGCAGGAUCAAAUCCCUGUGCCGGUUCUUCGAGGACUGCUGCCCCGAGUUCGCGGAAGCGCUGGGCGACCCGACAGAGGACCGCCUCUUCAUGGAGGGCGAGGCGUUGAUGCGGGAGGGCGAGGAGGGCGACUGGCUCGCCCUGCUCCACCACGGAAGUGCCGCGGUGAGCUCCGGCGGGGUGAGGGUCGAUAUCCUGGGGCGCGGCGACCUGGCAGGCGAGGUGGGCGCUCUGGGACUCUCCCCGACGCGCACGGCCACCGUCACGGCGCUGGAGACGUGCUUCGUGCAGGUGCUGCACAGAUUGCAGCUGAAGGAGGCCCUGGAGCAGUUCCCGGAGGAGCGGCGCAAGCUCCGCGCCCGCGCCGCAAGGCGCCUCGAGAGGCGGUGUGGCGGGGCCUCCGUGCGGCAGAUAGAUCUCUUCAGGGGCAGCCCGCGACCGUUCCUGGACCUCGUGGACAGCCAGACCCAGCGGUGGGUGUUCUUCCAGGGCGACUUCAUGGUGCGGGAGGGCACUCCGGGCAGGCAGCUCCUCCUCCUCUCGAGGAAGGAAAAAUGA